UCGGGUGCCCCGCGCUGCCCUCGGGAGAGGCGCGUCCGCGCGAGGGCGGCGGGGCCGCGGCAGGCAGGGCCGCCAGCCCCGGCCGCAGCGAGCGGGGCCGGGAGCUCCGCCAUGGCGGCCAACGAGGACCAGGAGAUGGAGCUGGAAGCGCUGCGCUCCAUCUACGAGGGAGACGUGUGCUUCAGGGAGCUGAGCCCCGUGUCCUUCCAGUACCGGAUAGGUGAAAGUGGAGAUCCCAAAGCCUUUCUAAUAGAAGUUUCUUGGCCAGAAACAUAUCCACAAACAGCACCAGUCAUAUCGAUGGAUGCUUUCUUCAACAACACAAUAUCUUCAGCUAUUAAGCAAAGUAUAUUGGAUAAGUUAAUGGUAGAAGUUGAAGCAAACCUUGGAACUGCAAUGACAUACACACUUUUUGAAUAUGCCAAAGACAAUAAGGAGGUGUUCAUGGAAAAUCAACCUGUUAACACUGUGACUUCAGUCAGCAAUAGUAUUUCAAUUGGAACUCCUGAAGUGCCACCAAGUAAGAAAAAAGAGAAAAAGGAACAGUUAUCCAAAACCCAGAAACGAAAACUAGCCGAUAAAACAGAUAACAAAGGAGAGCUUCCACGAGGAUGGAACUGGGUUGAUGUAAUUAAGCAUUUAAGCAAAACUGGUUCUAAAGAUGAUGAAUAAAGGACUUUGGUACAAGGAAACUCCACCUUUUAAUACAGUGCAAUUCUGGGUCACCAUCUCUCUCUUAAUAACUUUCAUAUUUGUUGAAGUAAACAUUUUAUAAAGCUCGAUUUCCUAACUUGUAAAUCUAGUCACACAAGCUUAUCUAGAGACCAUGUGGUCAUCUUCAGAAAAAUCAACCAACAAACUUGCCUUAAAUGAAGGUUAGAAUGUGACAAAGGAUAUAGAGAGCCAGUGUGGUGAAUAGUGCUGAAGUGUUUAGUAAUUUAUAUUUAGUCUGUAGUAAAAUCCUGUUAUAGUGAACCCAAUGAUACUGUAAACAUUUCCUGAUGUUCUUAUUCCAAUUGAAGAAAAAAACACUAUAACAGUGAUUGGUGGCUUGAUGGCUUAAUUCAUCAAAAUAAAUUGUUCCAUGGAAAUAAGACCUUUGUCAUUUGUUUAUCUAGUAUGAACUAGAAGGAGAACAUACAUACAAAUUGUUGCAUUGCAGAGCAGGCUAGAGCUUGUGGUCUUAUUUUCACUAGUUACUGGCUGAAGUAGUAAAUACUAGUGAAAGCAAGGCCAAAUAUUCUAGUCUGCUCAAAAAUGAAUGGUUAUAGCAGGAGAGCAGCUUCUUUAUUCUCCACAAUGCCCCAUCUGUUGCUCUUUCUCCAGUGUGCAUGUUUACAGGCAGUGGGAUAUCUGAGGAGAGGCAAAAGUGCUUUCUUGCAUAUGUCUCAAUGGGUAUUGGGAUUUUGUAGCUGCUUCAUUGCAGAAAUAGGCAUUCUUUGGAGGGAUUUCCUGACUAAGUGGUGGGACAGUGGAAGUCAGUAAUCCAUCAAAUGUUUUGGGAGAACUUCUUUGCAAGAGCUCUUUUCUUUUUUUUCCCUAAUCUGCUCUCUUGUAUAAGAAGGAGAAGUCAUCUUUACUAUAUGAACUGUUAUUGAAUACAAGAUGCCUUAAUGUCUUUUAUUAUUUUUGUUUGAGAUGAACUUUAAUAAAUGCCUAUUUAUCUGCUGUGGUA